CAAAAACAGUUUGAACAAUACACGUUUUCACUGGAAACGUUUUAAUCACAUCCGUAGUACAGUAAAUCUAUGUUUAUUAGUCAAAUAUGUAACGUUUAAUUGAGGAACUCUCUAGUAAAAUUAUUAGCGAUGAAGCUAAUACACCAACCGACCAGUUACGUUAAAUUUAAAAAUAAAAAUUAAUAACAAAACGAUAUCAUAUAAUGUUGGACAUAAUGGCUCCGAUUUUAAACGAUUCGGUAUCUUCAGAAGAAGUAGAGGAUGACGUUGCGUUUAAAGUACUAAACCAAGACAAUUUACCCAUUACCAUAAGAGGAGAAGCGAUCUUAAAGCCCUUCGGAACUGAAAAUCAAAAACAAAAACCAAAUGCCUUAGUGCAUCCAACAAGACGAGUCGUCACCAACCUGGUAGAAAACAAACAAAAACCAUUCGCAAAAUCAAACGGUUACAUUGAUCACGACGUUUCUGACAUCAAACGGAACAACUUCAGUAACUCACACGGCAACCUCAAUCACACCAACAGCGCCACCAAAGCAAAAUCCGAAGACGUCAAAACUACUCUAGACACGAAAUUUACAAGAACACUUGAUGCCAAACUCAGAAAACUGCAGAAGGAAGAACGGAGCGCUAAGAAGACACCGGUGGCUGACGCCAACAAAAAACCGUUCGUUACAACGGUCAAGAAGGGUCAGUUUCUGGAGCCGCCUCCUGAAAUCGCAAGCCUAAUCGGUUUGAGGAUUGAGGAGCCGGUAGUCAAAAAAGAGGACACUCGAAAGUUAUACGCAUAUUUUAGUCAGCCGCGGGUUUUGAACCGCAACCCCCAAAGGUAUGUGCAUCAGUCGCGCUGUGAAGCCGCGGCGAAGGCCGCUGGCAAAGUUACGGGAGCUGUGAUAGGAGUACAGAAGGACGAUGAUGAACAGGAGAAAACUAUAUUUAAUAAGAAUUACAAAGAUGUUCCUCUUCCUUAUGCAAAUCUUAUGUUUGAGAAGCGGGUAUUUAGGGGCAGUAAUUUUGCACCUCAGAGCUGUGACUAUCAGCCAAAAUGGAAUCCACAUUUUGCAUACGCUAAACUUCUUUCUCGAGAUGUGGAUGAAGGGGAAUCGGCGGCGGCCAGAGCUGCCGAAGCUCGACGCCGAGCCAUGGCCAGACGAAAAGCUAAGAACCAGCAAGUUCGAGCCACCAUGUUGCGUUUGGGUUCACCACCACCCAUUCAUGGCAGAAAACACGAAGCGGUCCAAACGGAGUUAUAUCUGGAAGAAUUGUUCGUCCAUCCGCCGGUUCUAGAUAUGUGCACGCAAACCGAUCUGUUCCUUGACAGACCCGUUUCACCAUUCUAUGUGCCAAGAAAGUCUGGCCAAGAUGCGGAGACUCAGAUAUAUCCUGGAGAUCUAUUCGACUUUGACAUGGAAGUCCAGCCAAUCCUUGAAGUUCUUGUAGGAAAGACAAUUGAACAAUCAUUGAUUGAAGUUUUGGAAGAAGAGGAAUUAGCAGCUCUAAGAGAGCAACAAAGAAAAUUCCUUGAAAUUCGUGCUGCUGAAAAUGCAGAAGCUCAAAGAAUCGAAGAAAGAGAAAAACGAAUGAUCAGAGAAAAAGAGAGGAGACUUCGAGAUUAUGACGAAGGAAUCAAGAUUCAGAAAGAAAUGGAAGAAAGGAUAGCCGCGUCUGUAUUGAUGCAAGGAUACUUGAACAAUUUGUUACCGUCUGUCUUGGAAGGAUUAGAGUCCGAAGGAUUCCUGACAGAUUCUAUACGAAAGGACGUGGAUGAAGGUUUCAUGCCUUGGCUAAUGAAGGAAGUAACUGAUGAACUACAAGAAGUAGUCAGUAGCAGAGAUUUACUAACAGAUAUUGUUAGAGAAAUACUAGAAAACAGAGCCGAAAUAUAUAAAGCUCUAAACGCUGAAGUAAUUCCACAAACAGAAGAGGAAGAAGGACCAACUCAUGAUGAUCUUGCUCUUUUGGAGCAUAUAAAACUAAAGGAUGAGAUUCAGGCAACUGAAACUAGCGCUCAACCUGAAAUUCAAUAAUAGAAUUCAUAUCAUCUUUAGUUACAUUAGAAGAAAUAUUUUUCAAAAAUAGCUGCACUUAUACAUUUGGUUAUUUUCUAUUUAUUGUUUAAAAUAUCAGAGACUAUUUGUUAAAUAAAAAAAUUCCAAAUUAA